GUCGAUCGUUGUACAACGCUGACUCUAGAAUGACGUUGGUAUUAUUUGUGCUCUUUUUCUGUGGAGCAUACGUAUACGCUUUUGAGAUGUACGGAAACAAAAUGGUUCAAGAUUCAACAUUAAAGUCUGUUUUUCCAAGAGAAUUAGGGAACUUUGACGCCCUAGACUUUUCCAGUUUAUCGGAAGCCAUCGGGACUUAUCGAAAAAGGGAUUCUUCGCCUAAAAAGCUUCAUGUCUCGGCAUUUGGGGACAGCUACCAUAUGGAAUUAUCUCAGGCUGAAUCGGCACUGCUCCCAAAAGCACAAAUUGUUACACGAAACGGUGACACGGAAGAGGUCUGGACAGGCCCCAGACCCGACUGUUUCUUGACAGGCAAACUGACGUCACACAAUGGGAUUGCUUCUUUUUCAAACUGCGACAGAUUGGAAGGAAUAUUGAGUUCAACGAAAGGAACCAUACACGUGAGGGAAGUUCCGAAAGAGCAAAAUAAACAUUUCAAUUUCUCUGAGCAGGAAACAGUUCUUAUGUUUGGAAAAUUAAAGAGACAUGAACAACUAGAUUUUAUCAAAGAUAUGCUUCCAUCAACAAAUGAUGAAGUAGAGCCGCCAUUGAGGACCACUAAGCGGGAGUUGACAACACAGGAUGUGGCAGUAGAACUAGGAGUGUACACAGAUAGCUCCUUUACGGCACAGUUCCCGUCUACGGACGUGUCCAAAAGGGUCGAACUGAUGGUUUUAAAGUACAACGGGGCGCAAAUGGAGUUUUCUCGAUCUGAGACACUUGGAUACAACAUCAAACUAAAGAUCAAGAAUCUUGAGUUUUGGGAGACUAACCCGAGCUUUUACAAUAUGUCAAAAAAGCUACAUGAAACCCUCUCCAGUUUCUGUCAGGGUACAAGAAACGUUUCUCACAAAUAUGACAUCAGAUGCGCUCACACAGCGGUGCCUGCAGACUAUGGUGGAAUGGCAUAUAUCGGUGGAGCCUGCACUGACUAUGCAUGUUCUGUCGACGGUGAACGUUCUUUAACCGGCUACAGGGCCCUUACACAUGAAAUUGGACAUAACUUGGGAAUGAACCAUGACUCGGGCAGGUGUUACGGAAGUGACGUAGGUAUCAUGGGAGGAUACGGCGCAGGAUGGAGUUCAUGUAGCGUCAACGAUCUUCAUAACUUUCUUCAACUUGAGAAAGCACAAUGUGUGUUCAGAGAAGCUGAAGCUUUAGCUGAGCUGAGCUCAUCUUUGAUUGGUCAGGAAUACAGUCCAGAUGACAUCUGUGAGAAUAGAUACGGUCCAAACUUCUUUUUAAGAAAGUUUGAGUAUAACUCGCACUGCGAGGCUUACAGUUGUGUGAAUCUUACGGAGGGAUCCCUAUACGGCCGGAUGUUUAACCAUGGAUGGCAGGACAUACCCGGCUCCUACUGUGGCGAAGGAAAAAUUUGCUUUAAACUAACUUGUACCACGUUUGCGGAUGCCAGACAAACCCCUAAAAUCAUCAGACCAGGAGGGUGGGGUCCUUGGGGAGCAUGGCAGUCCUGCUCCAGAACAUGUGGGGUGGGGGUAACAUACAGACGCCGAAGAUGCAACAAUCCAAGCCCAAUAAACCACCCAGGCUGUGAAGGAGGGGAUAGCAAUGCAAAUGAAGCCAAGAUUUGUAAUUCUGAGCCAUGUUCAGAUGAUAGUCCAAAACAGGCAGAUCUGAUUAAACAGAGAGCUUCAGAAACGUGUCUUACAAUGCUUGAAAAUAAAGUGUUGAAUUCGUCAGAGUAUAAUUCGACGGGGGAUAGAUACAGUCAUUCUGGAAAUUAUGUGUGUGAAGUUAGAUGUAAAGAAGUGGGUGAUUUCAAAUCGCCAUAUUUCACAAGAUUCGGCUUAAUGCCGCACGGUACCCCAUGCGAUGCCAAAGUAAUUAAGUACAUGGAUUUCAUGAGCUCACCUUGGCCAAGAAAGAAGGGCCUCACUCCUAUUUGUUUGGAGGGAUAUUGCAGGAUCUUUGGGUGCGACGAUGCUUUCCUUGGAGGGACAAAAGAGUUUGAUGAAUGUGGUGUUUGUGGUGGGGAUGGGUCCACAUGUGACGUCAUACAGGGAACAUUCACGGGUAUACCUGGAGAAGGUAAUAGAACUCUAAUGAUUGAGAUACCGAAAGGAGCAUAUAAUAUUCAAAUUUGGUUUAACUACUGGAUAAUGGAAAAUAACUUCAUAGAGAUGUACGAUAAAGAUGACGUCCCCGUUAUCGUCAGCCAUGUUGGAAGCAGCUGGGUGUGGAACACGGAUGAGAGUAAAAAUCCGGUCAAUUUUGCGAACACCUACUGGCAUUAUAAAUAUAUUGAGUACUUGUAUACAACGGGACCUAUCUCCGAGCCUGCUAUCAUCAAGCUUUAUCAAAAGAACGCUUUGGAAAACAAAGGCAUUCAUUACGCUUAUUCUUUACCCAAAACUGGUGAAUGUAAGAAUAACGGGACAUACAACCUUAAACUGCGUACUUGUGACUGUCCUACUGGAUUUUACGGAGCUGACUGUGACAGUCGUUGUAAUAUUUACUGCUUCAAUGGCGCGGCAUUGGACGAGUCCACUUGCAAGUGCCAGUGUAAGGAACAUCAGACGGGAAGUUAUUGUAAGUGUGAAACAGGAUAUACCGGGAAAGACUGCACGGAGAAAAAAAGUGAAUAAUUACCAUUGUCUGAAUAAAAUUUGAAUGUAGACUUUUGCUCUUCUUUUUGUCUUCAAUUGCCUAUGAAAGUUAACUUGAUUCUUGUGAAGUAGCUUGUGUGUUGGAGCAGAACCAUC